AGUCUCUCUCUGCUUGUUAUAUCUGAUCGCAAAUUGGUCAUUCUUGAUAGGUCUCAUCCUUGAACUCUCUCUUGACGCUUACUUCUCCCUCUUCCUCUUGUCUUUCCUUCUGAAGAAACUCGAAUAGGUUGCUCUGCAAUCCUGUCUACUCAGCUUUGGAACCGAAUUGAUUCGACACAGGACGACAUUCUGUUAGAAACAGUUGAUGUGUGACGAAUGGAUGGUGGUAAGAAAGAUGAAUUGCUCAUAAGAGAUGCUAAUUCUCAACCUCUAGAUAUUAAAUUUCGGAGGUUUCAAGGCAUGAAUCGUAGUGCAUCGAUGUCCAUACAAAUGAACUCAAUGGAGUCAUAUGAAAGUGAAAAGAACCUUGUAAGUCAUACUGGUCCUUUGCAGAGCAAUAGAGGAACUUCCUCCAUACAAAUGAGUGGCCCAUUAUUUAUUAGGAGGGGCCCUGGAAAUUUUACUCAGCCUAUGGAUGGGAUAGUGGGCCAGAAGUCACCUUCUCUAAUGGAAGACCAAUUACCCCCUUCUAAUGAGAUGGAAGAAAAAGACUGGUCAAACACUGACUUCACCAGAAAUAUCGGACAUUUAUUAAAUUCUGGACCAUUGGGUGCAUGCAAUGAUCCUUACUGCACAACUUGCCUAUCAUAUUAUAAUUUCAAAGCAGAUGAGCAAAAGAAAUCAAGAGAUUCGCGUCCAUUUGAUCCCAAGUUGCAUAAAGCUUUCUACGGGGAUGGUUGGGCGAGGAAGAUUUUCAACUUUCUACAUCCAUUCAUUCCUGGUGUCAUGAAUCCUCAUGCUAAAGUUGUUCAACAAUGGAAUAAAUUUUUUGUUAUUGCAUGCUUGCUGGCGAUUUUUGUAGAUCCUUUGUUCUUCUUCCUGCUUACUGUUCAAGAGGAUAAUAAGUGCAUAGUUCUUAAUGUGCCCUUGACAACAACACUAGUGGUUUUUAGAACAGUUACUGAUUUCAUUUAUUUCAUACACAUGCUUAUUCAGUUUAGGUUGGCUUAUGUUGCUCCGGAGUCAAGAGUGGUGGGUGCUGGAGAUUUUGUUGUCCAUCCAAAGAAAAUUGCUCUCCAUUACCUUCGUGGUUAUUUUUUAAUCGAUCUAUUCGUAGUAUUACCACUACCUCAGAUCAUGAUAUUGGUGGUCUUACCCAUAUAUGUUGGAUCAUCAGCUGCAAAUUAUGCAAAGAAUCUUUUGCGGGCAACCCUUCUUCUUCAGUACAUACCCAAACUUUACAGGUUCCUGCCUUUGCUUGGUGGUCAGUCUUCAACAGGCUUCAUAUUUGAAUCAGCAUGGGGCAACUUUGUUAUUAAUCUUCUCAUGUUUGUUUUGGCUGGGCAUGUUGUUGGCUCAUGCUGGUACCUCUUGGGUUUGCAGAGGGUGAACAAAUGCCUUCAAGAUGCCUGCAAUGAUUCUCAGCAGAAGUCCUGCAGCGAAUUCAUUGAUUGCGGACAUGGGGAGAAAAUUACAAAUUUUAUGAGCAAACCUGAAUGGCUUAGUUGGGUGAACAAUCAAAAUGCAACUGCCUGUUUUGACACUAGUAGUAGUGGUUCCUUCAGUUAUGGGAUUUACAACCAAGCUGUUUCUCUAACCACACAACCAAGCAUCAUUACGAGAUAUGUGUACUCUUUGUUUUGGGGUUUCCUGCAAAUCAGUACUUUGGCUGGAAAUCAAGUUCCUAGUUAUUUUGUAUGGGAAGUUCUUUUCACAAUGGGCAUCAUUGGACUUGGGCUCUUGCUGUUUGCUUUACUCAUUGGAAAUAUGCAGAACUUUCUCCAAGCUCUUGGAAAGAGGCGAUUAGAUAUGCAACUACGGCGUCGUGAUGUUGAGCAAUGGAUGAGGCAUCGGCGCUUGCCCGAAGAACUAAGAAGGAAAGUAAGAGCAUCAGAAAGGUUUAACUGGUCUGUUACACGAGGCGUAGAUGAAGAAAUGCUAAUGGAAGAUUUACCGGAGGACCUCCAGAGAGAAAUCCGUCGUCAUCUUCUUAAAUUUAUCAAGAAAGUCCGCAUUUUUUCCCUAAUUGAGGAUCCAAUCUUAGAUGCCAUCCGUGAGAGAAUAAGGCAAAACAUUUACAUACAAGGAAGCAAAAUUUUAAACAUUGGAGAACCAGUUGAGAAGAUGGUCUUUAUUGUACGGGGUAAAAUGGUGAGCAGUGGAGAAGAUUGUAAUAGAAUUCCAUUGUCAGAAGGGGAUGUUUGUGGUGAAGAGCUACUCACAUGGUGCCUUGAGCACUCUUCAAUGAGCAAAGAUGGGCAAAGAAUGAGUAUACCUGGCCAGAGAUUGCUAUCCAACAGGACGGUCAAAUGUUUAACUAAUGUGGAAGCAUUCUCACUCCGAGCUGCUGAUUUAGAAGAAGUCACCUCUCGUUUUGCAAGAUUUUUGCGGAAUCCACGUGUUCAAAGGGCCAUAAGGUACGAAUCACCGUAUUGGAGAACACUUGCAGCAAUGCAUAUCCAAGUAGCUUGGAGAUACAGAAAAAAACGAUUAAAUCGAGUGAAUACCUUUACUCAGGAGCUUCAGUCAAUGAGCUAAUGAACUGUUGGAACGUACACAUGUAUGUACCAAAUGUAUUAUCACUGAUCUGCAUUGUCUGUUCGCCCUUCAGGUAAUUAAAUUUCUGGAACAUAUAUAUAUAUUUUUAAUGUAUUUUAAC